UUGAUACAUAACCAACCAAUUGUUACGUAUCCAUUGCGUAACGUGGCUUGCAUGGAAUCGGUAAUUGCGUGCAUAAUAGCUUCAAACAGUUAACAUUUAUCAGCCCAUAUAAGAUCAUGAGAUAUCCGUAGUGAAGUUGGCGCCUGAGCAUUGGGUUUUCAGGUUUACUCAAAAAGAUGACAAUUCUUGAAGAUGAUGUGAACCUCGAGAGCGGUUAUUACAAGCGCAAAUACGAGGACGCGGAAGAAGAGGAGGAGGAAGAACAUAGAUAUCCAGCUAAGAAAUUAUUUUUGCGUGGCAAUAUGUUGAAUGGUUAUAGGGCAAAUGAACAUAGGUGUAUUGGGGAGACAAUCAAUGAUUGCCCAGUUGCCACCCUAUCGAACACUGGGAACACAUGCUACUUAAAUAGUGUAUUAUAUACUCUACGCUUUGCACCAACUUUUCUGCAUAACUUACACCAUUUAGUGGAUGACCUGUUGAAAUUGAACAGCAGGGUAUCGCAAACGAAGGCCAAAAGCAGCUCAUUGGGAAGAAAUGUUGGACCUAUUUCUGGUCCAAGCUCAAGAAGCACCAGCAGCAAAGACCUACUCUCCUUGGGUGGAUUGAAUGAUAUACCAAAAUCAAAGGUUCAAAUUGUUACAGAGAAACUGCAUGAGUUAUUUAUGAUUUUACAUAACCUGGAAGAAGCUAGGAAAAAGGACUCCAAUGAUACAUGUCAACCUGUUGCAUUCUUGCAGGCUGUUAGAGAAGCUAAUUAUAUUUUUGAAGGAAACCAGCAGCAGGAUGCUCAUGAGUUGUUAGUUUACUUGUUGGAUAAUAUUAGAGAAACAUGUGAUUUGCUAACACAGCAGGCUCAGCACUUCCCUGAAUUAAUAGUUGAUACUGAGGUAAGUUCAAACAGCAAGCUCUGGAAUGUAAGGAAAUCUUGGAAGAAAACUAAGAAGAAAGAUAAAAUAGUGAUUAGUGAGGAGGAGUGUAUUGACCAUUGUGUAACUGAUACAGAGGAUUCAAAUUCUUAUGAUGUGUUGGGGCCAGAAAGGAAAAAGUUCUAUAAUUUUGUUGCUGAAGAUUUUGAAGGGAUCACUUUGAGGAGAACAACAUGUCUUGAAUGUGAGUGUGUGACUGAACGCAAGGAACCAUUCUAUGAUAUCCCAGUGCCAAUUAACUUCACUGAAGAUGACUAUGAUGUGGAUCCAAGUGUGAUUUAUAGAGAUGCCUGUGUAACAUCUGAAAAAUUGUGUGAUACCAAUAAGUACAUCUGUGACAAUUGCCUGAGGCACAAUGAAGCCAGCAGGGAGGUCACUUUUGAGAAGCUACCAAAUAUUAUGGUUCUGCAGCUAAAGAGGUUUACGACCACCGCAGCCGGAGUGCAAAAAGUGAACACCUACAUGCCGACGCCGCUGAGGAUGGCCUGUUUCUGCGAAUCCUGCUGCAAGAAGGGCGAGAACUCGUUGCAUCACUACGAAUUGUGCUGUGUGAUAAUGCAUUUAGGAGCAGCGAUGGCUUCGGGUCAUUACAUCGCGUACGUAAAAGCUUCCGACCAAUCCGAAUAUUCAGAUUGCUCAAGAGAUCUUCCCAAAACGACUUUGUCUGCGAGCACCAGCGAAAAGUCACUAAACUUUUUCAAGUAUUUUAAAUCGAAGCCCUCGUCGAGUAAUAAUUCAGUUAUAGAACACAAGAAUGGGGUUGCAUCGAAAAGUCUACUGCCAGUUUGUAAGAGCAUGUCCUGUUGCGGCGUUAAAAUGAACAAGAAUGUUGUUGAGAACGCCAUCAAUUAUUCCCGCCGUAAUGGACAGGAUCCGUGGAGGGCGCGCGAAGAUAUGUGGCUGGAAUGCGACGACGAAUCCGUCAGGCCUAUAACUAGUCAGGAAUUGCAGGAUUUCUUAGCCUACAAACCGGGCGGCACCACUUCCACACCUUACCUCUUGUUCUAUUCGAAAAUCACCGAAAGCAGCGACGACUAAUCGCUUCUGGGUCAUAUUACAACAACAUCAACAAAAUUAUAUAUUCAUACUCAUUCCAAAUUUGCAAAUGAUUGUGAUACCACAAUAAUAAUCAUACGAAUCGAGAAUUAUUUAUUAACGAGACAAACAAAAAUGCAAUGCAUAUUAAUGACCUGUUAGAUAGAAGCCUCGUCUAAGACUUCGUUGCGCUCUGAAAGAGCUGUGGAAUCUGUACGUUCUUAUUUUUAAGAUUUAGAAAUAUUUCUUUUUAUAAUAAUUUCAGUAUUAAGCAUAUAAAUAUGU